GUCCAUCUCGUUCCAGGCGAGCCACAAGUUGUAGUCGGAAAAGACAACCAACAUCAACGAAAAUCGUUUACAUUUGACUCGACUUAUGGUCCAGAAUCCACUCAGCGAGAGAUUUUUGAAGGCUUGGUUGCUCCACUGAUGAAUCAAUUUUUUGAGGGGUUUAAUGCGACCAUUUUGGCCUACGGCCAGACAUUCAGUGGAAAGACAUUCACGAUGGGAUCUAGCAAUGAUCAUAAGGCACCUGAUGACAUUCGAGGAAUAAUACCUCGUGUUGUUCUGGAUAUCUUUGAGCAUAUCAAAAGAGAUGCAGAUAUUGAGUAUCAAAUCCGAGCGUCGUUUGUAGAAAUAUAUCAGGAGCAGAUUCGUGAUUUGUUGAUGCCAGGAAAUGAUCAGCGCGAUAUUGCAAUCCGUGAAAACAAGUUGGGUGUGAUUACAAUUUCAGGAAUUCACGAAGAAUCAGUAUCAACUCCAGCAGCUCUUAUGAGAUGUCUUGAAAGAGGUGGGGUUGAGCGAACUACGGGUGACACUCACAUUCACAGCUAUUCAAGUCGGUCGCAUGCGAUUUUCACCAUCACACUUGAACAAAUAUCUAGAAAAGGACUACGAAAUAUAUCAUCAACGGAAACAAAUACUGAACCAUUGAUACUUCGGCGAUCAAAAUUGCAGCUUGUGGAUCUAGCAGGUAUAGUUAUAUUUUGCUUGACAUGUUAA